AUGGAAACAGAGGAGAGGGUGUGGCGGGGUUGUAUUUGUUGGCCAUGGUCCUACCUAAUGUGUGUUUGCCUUCCCUCAUAUAUUGGCUCCGAGCGCUCGACAUACAGCUGCGUCUUCUUGUUUGAUUUCUUCUUUUUUCUUCCUCAUCCUCUUCAGUCUCUCAUCGCUAUCGACGUGAGAGCAUGCUCCCAUUCAAUUCCCACUACACAAAGCUUGGUAACGCAAUCUGAACGGCCACGCUACCUGGGAUCGAUUCCAUCUACGGCGUUGCUUGGGGUUAUCUUUGAAAGAUGGGACAUAUACAGAACGGCGGACUGGUGGAACCUGCGCCACCACCUCAGUGCGUGGUUGUCGGGUCGCGGUGUUGGAGGUUGCUACGUGGUGCAUUCACAGCGGAUCUUUUUUUUCCUUUUUUUUUUUUUUUUUUUUUUCAUUUUUUUUUCUGUUUUCGUCUUGUUCAUCAAGCUCGUUGGGCGAUUUCUUCAUUGCCAUUCUGCUGCCAAGAGCUGUUGUCUCCUUUGUUGCGAUUUUCCAUACCCUUUGUUGGUGGAGGAAGCUUUUUUUUUCACAAGGUGUGCUGCAAGUUUGUUUGUGGCAUGUUCUGGAGGUUGGAUCUGGACGUAG